AUGCUGCGCUUCUCACUUCCCUUAUUUGCCGCUGCGGUGCCCAGGGUGCUCAUUACCGGCGGUCUGGGCCAGAUCGGCACCGACCUAACUCUUGCACUGCGUGAGAAGUUUGGCGCCGACUCUGUCCUGACGUCUGACCUGGUUACGCCACCGGAAAAGCAUCCGCUUGCGGGUGGGAAGGGAUACCAGCACCUUAACUGCAUGGACCGUGACGCCUACGAAAAGUUGGUAAAGGACUUCAAGCCGACGUGGCUGUUCCAUCUUCCGGCGAUCAUGUCCGUUCGCGGCGAGGCAGAGCCGCAGCUGGCAAUGAACCUCAACAUCAAUUCGACACGCCACGCCCUGGACCUUGCGCGUGACUACAAGAUGCGCUGCUUCAUCCCCAGCACGAUCGCCGCCUUUGGAGACAAGUGCGGCAAGGUGAACACGAAGGACGACACGAUCCUGAACCCCUCAACGGUUUACGGUGUCACCAAGGUCUUCACGGAGAUGAUUGGCACAUACUAUCGUGAAAAGAUGGGCACGGACUUCCGCAGCGUGCGCUUCCCCGGCAUCAUCUCUGCCGCGACACUCCCCGGUGGCGGCGCCACGGACUACGCCAUUCAUAUGUACCACUGCGCAUUGCUGGGCAAAAAGUACGUCUGCCCCGUUCGCCGUGAUGAGCCGCUGCCGAUGCUGUACAUGCCGGAUGCCCUCGGUGGUGUCAUCAAGCUCAUGGAGGCGUCCGACAGCUGUUUGAAGCGGGCGGUGUAUAAUAUCAGCGGUUUCAGCUUCACUCCGGAGCAGCUGCGGGCCAGUAUUGAGGCACGGAUGAAGCGCCCGUUGGAGGUGGAGUACGUCGAGGGGCCUGCGCAGAGCAUCGCGCACUCGUGGCCUGACUCCCUGGACGACUCUAACGCCCGCCAGGACUGGGGCUACGAGACGAAGUACGACGUGGACAAAAUGACGGACGACAUGCUUCGCCAGAUCCCGGUUCUCCACGGGCUCCCGUCGCUGUAG